AUGGUUCAGAACAAGGCACUCAUCUUCGCAGAGGUCCCCACGGGCUGGCCAGAGGCUGGCAAACACCUCAAGGUCGAAAGCCGCGACUUCGACACCGAACAGGCCCCUCCCAAGGGCGGUAUCACCGUCAAGGUCCACUAUGUCUCUUUCGAUCCAUACCAGCGUGGCCGCAUGAGGGCCCCCGAAAUCAAGAGCUACGCUCCUCCGUUCGGUCUCGGCAAGCCCAUCACCAACGGUGCCAUUGUAACGGUCAUCAAGAGCGAUCACCAGAAGUUCAAGCCUGGUGAUUUGGUACACGCUGCGAGCACGACUACAGAAGAAUACACGGCGGUGGAUAAGGACACAGCAGAUACUUUUGAAGUUCUGCAGAACCCAUACAACCUCGACCCGAAGCUGUUCAUUGGUGCGCUGGGCAUGCCCGGCUUGACUGCAUAUAGCUCUUUCUACGCCAUCGGUGAGCCAAAGAAGGGCGAGACUAUCUUCAUCUCUGCUGCUUCUGGUGCCGUGGGUCAGCUGGUUGGUCAAUUGGCCAAGCAUGAGGGUCUCAAGGUCAUCGGUAGCGUUGGAGAUGACAAGAAGCUGGAAUUCAUCACCAAGGAGCUCGGUUUCGACGGUGGCUUCAACUACAAGAAGGAGAAGCCGCUUGAGGCACUCCAGCGAUUGGCACCCGAGGGUAUCGACAUCUACUACGAGAACGCAAGUUAUCCACACACCUUCCAACCAUGCAUCACGCACUGACAGCCCUCCAGGUCGGCGGCGAACAACUAGAAGCAGCCAUCACCCACGCAAAGACCUUUGCUCGCAUCGUCGCUUGCGGCAUGAUCUCCCAAUACAACGUCAAACCCGAAGAAGCCUAUCCCGUCCGUAACCUCAUGCAAGUCGUCGCCAAGCGCCUGAAGAUGCAAGGUUUCAUCGUCAUGGACGAAAACAUGGGACCCAAAUACGCAGAGGAACAUCAGAAGAAUGUGCAGAAAUGGAUCCACGAGGGCAAAUUCAAGGCGGAGAUGCAUGUCACCAAGGGGAUCGACAAUGCUGCAGAUGGACUGAUUGGGAUGUUGGCUGGAAAGAAUUUUGGAAAGGCUGUUUUGGAAGUGAGUCCGUUGCAGUCGUAG